AUGGCGGGCAAUUCAUCGACAGAUCGUAUUGUUGACUGGCUAGAACAGUCCAGUCUUCCACCCUCGGGCGUACCCCGCAGCGUUUCGAUACACACACACUCUGAAGAGCAGUCUCAAGUCUCGGGCACACGACGAAUAUCAAGCCCAGUCAAUAAUAGCACGCUCGACGAUGCACUGCCACAUGAAAUUGCUUUACCAGACUCUCAUGUGUUUUCAAGUGAUAGUGAUCCCCGAACGGAUUCAGAUUCUUCCCGAGAUUCACUGGAUGAUAUUUUAAAAGGAUCAUAUCGGACGAAGUCGCCUACUGCCUCCUUGCAAGACUCCAGUUUGUAUCCCAGAAAAACACGAGAGCAUAGACAUCUACUAUUUAAAGCGACAUCGCGUCGGACACGAAGAUCAAAGCCUCGGCAAAGAUAUCAGAGAACCCUUGACAAUGCAGCGAGCAUCUUGGAUCAUAUCCAGAAUGGAAACGUUUGCAAAUCAUCUCGCCAUGACCAGAUUCUCUUGAUUCACCACGAUUAUUCCAGAAACUGUAGAUUGCGUUCAAAAGAGAUCCAGAAUGCUCACGAGAUCGGGAAUUUGGGGAACCCACCCAGCGACGUAUACCAACGAGUUGUCAUCGUUAAAGAUCUGUCCAAGCCGACCAUCAUUGCUCUUGGAGAUACAUUUGGCAUAAACCCAGAGUUUUUCGAGGAGCAUUUACUCAACUCUGGGUAUGCGGGAGCUGACUAUGAUAUGCUACCAGCCAAGAUGUGGGUAACAACGACACUGGAGAAGUCCUAUGUCUCCGCGAAGUGGAUUCGACCUGUUUAUCGACUUCCUAUGUAUUCCUGGAAUUACAAAAUGCAGGAUCUUGCCAAGACUGGCGUGGAAAACACCGAGGGUUCUUCUGACACCGAGGAUUCUUUUGCGGGUUACGGCGAGAAGCAAAGCCCGAAGCGCAAGAGUGACGUCGAGCAUUUCACGCGAUAUGGAAUCGUGAAAACUCGAGUCGCAACGAAUAUUUUCAGACCCGAAGCACGUCUGUGGACAAACCCUAAUCAGGCAACGCGCACGCAGAGGGAAUGUGCCCUGGAAGAAAGAAUAUCAAUUUGGAAAGUGAAACUCCCAGAAGGCUGUGUGAUUGUGGAGGAGAAGCAUCCAUGUCUUGAAACAACCAAAGUUGACUGGAACAAAUCUUGGGCACAUGGUGGUAUGGGGAAGAAAAAAUCAGACAUAAGUCUGGGGGAACUCGACAUUGAUGAUGACUGGGCCGAAAGAGGCAUGCCUCACACGACAGAAGAGGGACACUUGCUAUUGAGAGCAACGGCAGAGCCCUUUCUCAUAAAAUGGGCCAGAAAUUUAAAAAACAUUGUGGAAAAAAGAAAAGCGAAGACUAGACCAAGUCCCUCCACAGGAGAACCAGAGCUGUCUUUGCAAAAAGUGAUUGUCAAGCCAAUCUCUCCCCGUCAUACAGUCACUGUUGAUCUGGACCAAGUCUUCGAAUCGAAGGAAUCGGCGCAGACUUUUGGGGGGAAGAUGGGCUCCGCCUCGACAUACGAUGGAAUCUGCAAUGACAUGAGGCAAAAUGAUGGACCAAUGCUCUUAGGAAGCUCAAUAUUUCACAUCAUCAAACAGGAUACUUUGACAUUCCUUCGCCGAUUGAGUUACUAUGGGCUUGAUGAAAUGGAGACUGGGAUUCUUGAAGAGACAAAAAUGGAAGAUCGAUUAUCAGAUUGGAUUCAAGCAAUCAGCUAUGCACAGAGAGAGAUUUCUGAGAUGCAGGUCUCUAUGGAGCCAUUCGUUCAGUUUUGCGUCUCCAUGGAUUCUCCCGCUAUUGAAUCCAACUCAAGCGAGUCUCACUCAACUACAGAGCCCAAAGUUCUCCGAGAGUUCCAGCAGCUAUCAGAAGUGAUGACCAAAAUGUCUGAUCGACUGCAGCGAACAUCAACACUUCUCACUUCAAAUUUGGGUCUAUUAGAGAGUCGACGCUCUAUAAACGAGGCCCAGGCUGUGAGCAGGUUGACCGAGCUGGCGUUUAUAUUCGUUCCCCUUUCAUUUGCCUCCUCGAUCUUCGGUAUGCAAGUUCAACCACUUGCCGACCCAGUUCCCCUCCGAAGCUUCUUCAUUAUUGCAGCUGGAGCUACGCUAUUUGCUUACUUCAUGCGAAUGACGAUGCGGAGUCAAUGGCUUGCUUACCUCAAAGUCGCAUUGAGACGAGACGUUCGAAAAUAUGCCGAAAGCCAUGGUCUUCCAGCUCCUACCCAGUCAAUUUCAAUCUUCCUCACGGUGCAAUGGACUGGACAUUGCCUGGGCGUUGGUAUUCAAAAGCUUCUGAGAUUGGCCGGCACAUUUUGGGUCAAGAUCUGGAAGGUCUUUGGCUUCAUAAUCCUCUUCAUGUUGCUCAAUGGAUCAAUCGCUAGCAUCCCGAUUGCUAUCCUUUGGACACGAGAGCUCGACCCCGGGACCCAGUGCGCGGUCACCAUUGCGAUUCUGGUGAUCGUCGUUGGGAGCGUAGGGCCAUUCGUUUGGACCUGGUGCGAGCCAGAAUUUCGUUCCGCGUUACCUCGUUUGAUCGGCAAUCUGAUCAGGCACCGCUCAUACCCGAGCUUGAAUUUUGUUGUGUUUUCGGGGACAAUCGCCUUGUCUAUGGUAGUCUCAUUGAUAUUGCUAUGGACGCAACAACUCGCUUUGGGUAUCAAAACGGGACUCACGGUGGGAAUUCUGAUUUUUGUGGCUCCAUUGACUAUCAUUGGUUUGCUGAGUAUCAAUGUGGGACUCGGACUACUAUAA